GUGUAUGCCGCGUGCUGAGCCAGUCUGUAAACUAGGCGACUGAGUGUCGAGCACUGACAGAACCAAGUUUACUUCACACAGACCUUUUUUGUAUUAAUCAAAUUAACUCAGGGAUUCCAUAUUUAUUUUCAUACUUUAAGCCAAAAGACUAAAAAUGAAUGUGUUGCAUGCCUUCAUGUUUGGAUAUGUCUUCACUGCUGCUAUUACAAUGGGAGAGUGUGUGUUACAAGCCAUUUCAUCGGAGAGCGAUGAGAGCCUGCCUGGCAAUUUCAUAGGGUUUAAGUCAGCCCCUGACAAAGUGGUAGAUGGCUCAGUCGUCCAUGUGCGGUAUCGAUGCCUCAGGCCAUGUCAGCUGGCAGUGGAGGUGGUGGUCUCCACAUCAAGGAAGACAGAUUUAGUGGUCUUCAGAAGGAAAUGGAUCAGCGGCCGACUCGGAGUCUACAGGAUCCACCAGGUGCAGCUCAGACUGCCUCCAUCCAUCUUGUAUCAGGCCGACUUUUUCAACAGGGAUGCUUUGGAGGUUGAUAAUGCGACUGUUCGUGCUUGGCUAGUUCAUCUGAAAAAUGGCACCGUACCCAGGAGACACGGUGACUCAAUGUUCAGUAUUUAUAAAGUGCUGGAGAUAACGCCCCUCUCAGAGCGUCCAGCUAAGCCUCCCACAGAGUCUUUGUCAUGGUUUGCUCGACUGAUGUGGCAAAUGACCAGAGACAGGACCAGUCCGUGUCCACAUGAGUCAGACAUCAUUGAGGUGCUGAACUUCCCCCUGGCAAGUACUGGUGAGACCUUUGGAAUGGUCCGCAGGUUCCAGCCUUUCGUGGACCAAGCCCUGGAGAGAGGCCGUCUUCAUGCGGUGACACAGCCCAGCGUCACCAUAUCUGUGUGGAUCUACCUACUGAGACGGUGUCACAACAGCCUCUGUGGGAUCAUCCAUCAUCUCAAUAGGAGAAAUGAAUACGACUCUGUUCUGAUGAUGCUUACAGACACAGGGGACAUCAUAAUUCAAGCCCGUUUGACAACAGGAGAAGAAGAAGCUUUCAAAGUCAGUGUAACGUUGCCCCUGCGGAAAUGGAUUAGAUUAGACUGCUCCAUACAGGACCCAAAGGUGCUGCUGUAUGUAUCGUGGGAUGAUGAAACCCAAAGACAUGUUUACGAUUUUUCUGACAGUAUCCAUUAUGAUGACACUGAAGGAUACUUUGUGAUUGGAGGAAGCAAAUUCCUGCCAGGCAUCCACGGGUAUUUUGGGCCGAUCAAAUACUAUCGUUUUGGAACUGAAGAGAUAAAAAACCAACUCCACCUCAAGACAUUGCAGGAGCUGGAUAAGACUCAUCGCGAGUGUCAGGAAAUCAAAGCAUUCACAAAAGCUUUUCUAAAAGAAGUAACAGAGAGUCACAACUUGUCAACAAACAGCAAAGCUGUCUGCACCCCUCACUUCAUACGACUCUGGGUUCAGCCUGGUGAAAAAACCUGCUCACAAACAUGGACCUGGGAAACACCACUUAAAUAUAGCUCGCUUUUCCAUCUCCUGCAAACAAAAGAGGAGCAAGUCAGAACAGGAUCUUUGGACAUGAAGGGCCUCAGGACGACUUUGUUUCAAGAGGCAGUCGCUGCAAUGUUCACUGCGGAUCAGACGCAGAUCAAAAUCACAUCUGAACACAUGUCUUGGCUACAAGCAUCCUCCUGCUUUGGAAAUCACGAAGCGUCACUCUUGUUGGCCUCCAUCCACCUCUCUGGCCUCGGACAUCCAGUUGAUCACAACCAGGGUCAUGUCUAUAGUUUGAUUGGUGCAUCAGGGGAUGGCCGCUUCGCCCUGAUGCAUGCAGGGUACAAACACACACAAGGCAUUGAUGGCUUUCCGAAAGACUUGGACAUGGCUUAUAGCUAUUACUCCAAUGCUGGUUUACAGAGCCAAUCUGACACGGCGUACAUACAUGAAGAUAAGCAAUACAUCCUUGAACACAUCUAUCUCAGCAACCAAGAGGAUUUAGACAGCCUGACACAUGAGGAGAGUGACUUCUUUCAGUUUCUGAAAUUCGAGGCAAAGAGGGGGCAUGCUGAAUCUCAGGGACACCUGGGAACAAUGCUAUACUGGGGACAGAACGGAGUCUCAAAAGACAUAGUGAGGGCAGCGAAGUGGUUGCACAGAAGUUCUAUGCAAAUGAAGGAUCCCUUGGCGAUGUACGACUACUCCCUCCUACUGAUGAAGGGCCUGGGAGUGAAAAAGAACCAGACCCUAGCUCUUCACCUGCUGAAGAAAGCUGCAGCGAUGGGCUCAACUGAGGCCUUGAAUGGUUUGGGCUGGUACCAUGGGAUCAUACUGGACGACCACGAAAGCGCGGUGAAAUACUUUGAGCAAGCUGCGCUAAAUGGGAGUGUUGACGGCAUGUACAACCUGGGAAUUUAUCAUCUCAGUGGGAAAAACCCACGCAUCCCACUGAGGAAUGAGACAGCUGCUUUCCAGUACUUUGUGAACGCGUCUCGCUUUGGUCAUGUCGCUGCAUCGGUGGAGGCAGCUUGGUAUCUUUCGACAGGAAGCCUGGGAGGAGUGUCUCAGGAUGCAGAGAGGGCUGUGAUAAUGCUAAAAAAGGUCUGUGAACGGAACGGACACCUUGGAUUUAUGAUCAGAGAUGCUCUGCAGGCCUACCUCCAGGGCUCCAGGCAGGAAGCAUUUGUGAAGUACGUCUUGGCAGCUGAAACUGGUCUGGGUUUGGCCCAGAGCAACGCUGCACACCUGUGUGAGGAACUGGAUCUCAGUUAUGAUUGUCAGUGGAGAUAUCAUAACUUCUCUAUAUUAAACUAUAAUUCCCAUCCAUCUGCUCUGCUGAAAAUGGGAGACUACUAUUACUAUUCCUCCGGCACCCCAGAAGACUCAUUAUCCUUGGUUGGUCAGGCCCUAUCGAUGUACAGCAGAGCAGCUCUCGCGGGCAGCCCUCAGGGAAUGUACAACUUGGGGAUUUUGGCACAACAAGGGCACGCUCUUCCACAGAGCGUCCGCGGCAUGUUCAACGUGACACAUUAUGAUGAGGAAGACAUUGUGGUGGAGAAGGUGUUAAGAAGAUGUGCGGAGACUGAGGACGAAGACACAGUAACACCCUGUUCUUUAGCUCUGCUCGGACUCCAGAUGGGAACAGCCUGGAGGAGAAUGACUCAGAACGGUGCACAGCUCCUCUUGGCAUAUGCCUCUCUUCUUUCUGUCUGCGCCCUUCUUGUCUUUAUACCACUUCAGAGCUGUCUCGGACAAAGGGUUUCCGGUCGGCGUCCAGUCCCACUGAGGGCGAGGACUUCACCAGUCAGCCAAGAAGGUGUCAACUUGAAUAGGGAGCAAGAUGGCAUCAUGGGAGGAACCCAUAGAGUGGCAGGGAAUCUAUGGCUUACUGUGCUGAAUGGCGAGCAGUGGCUCCGACAGACCAGCGAUUUGGCCGUGACACUGUCGGGUGUGUGCCUGUGUGCUUUCUGGACCACAUUCCUCUAUCAUCUCCUAUGACAUACAAUACCCAGCGGAGUGACCCAGUAGCCACAGUCAAAGCCCCAGACACAACAAAUCGUAACAACAUACAUUAGCGGAUGACUUAGCGCAGCGGUCACGUGACACAUUUGUGUUAUGGAUGCACGUGAGUCAUUUUAGGACGGGAAGGAGAGACGUGCUGAUCAGAAUGUGUGAGCUACUCUAUCAGAGUUUUAUAAUGUUUCCCCAGUAACCAUUUUUACAUUGCUUUGUUUGUGGAACAUAAAUAAAUACUUAUUGUGCAUUUAAAUUGUUUGAUGCAGAAUCUGAUCUACCGCUUAUAUUACAUUACAUUUCAUUUAGCUGACGCUUUUAUCCAAAGCGACUUACAAUAAGUGCAUUCAACCAUGAGGUACAAACCCAGAACAACAAAAAUCAAGAAAGUAUUAUUUCUUCAAGUAAGUGCCAUUUAAGUGCUUCUAAAUUGUUAGUUUAAACUUUUAUUCAAGGUAUGGUCGGAAGGGGUGUGUUUUUAGUUUUUCUUGGUGGUGUGCUGACAAGGAAGUAGAGUGAAGCGUCUGCUAUGUAAUGUUUAAGUCCAAUUAAAAUGGAUUUCAAUGUUGAAUAAUUCUUUGACGAAUCAUUAAUUUAUCUUGCGAAAUGAACGUUGUGAUGGCUGCACAUUUAAGGAUCAUCCUCAGUGAUGGAUGCGUUGGAAGAGACGUGUUUUUAUAGGUCAGCUAUUAAGGCUUGUCCCUAUCGCUGAUGAUAAGCGUCUCACAGGAGACUGGACAUGCACCGACAGCAUGCGGGGCACUUUAACAUUUUGUCCAAGGCCAGAGCAAUGGAAUUACAGCAGUUAUUGAUUUAGUCUGGCUGGGCAGGUGCUCCUGAUCGAAAUGUAAGAUAAGACACUAUCAGUUUUCGCUAUCGCUAUGGGAGAAGAAUUUGGAUUGAAAGGAAGAGUUACCAUAGCAAUGGUCGACACCUCAAACAAACCCUAGGAUUCCCUGUCGGGGUCUUAGUCAGAAAGUAAUGCCCCUCCCCGGUGCUGUUGUUGCUGUGUUCAUAAAACUCACAUAAUGGGUGAUAUCCUUUGAGGGAUUUUGUCUCUGUGCCUGCCAACAUGGGGAAUAAGCGGUGUUAGUCAGUUCUUAACAGUUAUUUACAGCUCUGGUUGACUGUUGUGAUGAUGUGCAGUUUAUAGCAGUGAGUGUUUUCGCCUGGUGUCCAUGGAGCUGUCAUUUACUAAAUAGGGAGUUUCUCAGUGUAAACAACAGCAUGUGGAACUCUUUAGUUGAGAAUGAAGACUGUGUAUAAUUUGGAGAUGGACUAAUGAUCUCCCUCUUCCCUCAACUAUCACAGUCCCUUAUGUCGUCAGUCUCUGUCUAUUUCAACAAAAACAUUAAACACUGUUUUAAGACACUUUUGUGUGAUGGUGUUUUUGUUUUAUAAUUAUCUUAAUGACAUAUCUAGUCUAACAUUAAAAUUGUAUGUUGAGGCUUAUGUUCAUCCUUUUAAUCAAUGCUGUUAUCCUAAAUCUAUAUGUCAGAUAAGAUUUAUAUCCAGCAUUGAAACUUUUCAGUUAAAUAAAAACAGGCGUAUAGCUUAAAGUUUAUAAAUAAAAUCUAACCCUGUGUUUGAAUUCUGCCGUAUCAAAUGUGUACUGAGCUUUUUUUCUUUAAAUGGUGUUCUAAAGUAAAACUAUCGCCACCUAAGGGACAAAAUUAUUCAAUUGGUUUUAAUGUAUGUGGUGGACGGUCUUGAUUUUUUCGUUUGAUUAUUUAAUAAGUUUAAAGAUGUUGAUUGAUUGCUGUGACCUUGAUUUGUCACACUGUACUGUUGCUCAUAAUUAAUAGCCUCGUGAUAGGCCUUGUGGCCCUGAAAAGUGCAAUAAAAAUCUAAGUUAUUAUAACUUGAUCAGCA